UGGGGAGGAUAGUUUUUAUUGUGAGAAUACGGAAUUCUAAUAAAAAUCAAUGAGGUGAAUGCAAACUGGGGUAGUCGGCGAACAGAUGAGCUAUGCUCAUGUUACUUUGCUUAGAGGCUUUGACUUGAGCUCUUUGAGACUGCAGUUUAGCUUAACGUGACAUUAUUUUUGCUCAUAUACAUAUAAAACAGGAAGUGCAUUCAGAUAACAUCAACAGCCACUUCCUUAUAUGUACAAAAAUAAAGUGCUCUGACAGCAGCAAAACUGACACUUUGAUUUUAGAAAGGAUAGAAACCUUUGUGCAUUUGUCGACCCACAUGGGCAUUACACGGGACCAAUCAGGAGCACAGGGGAAAAAGUUUAAAAACAAGCCCCAUGCAUUAUUGCCUGUACAUCUGUGCGUGAGCAGGAGGCGGGAGGAAGCCAGGAGCAGAAUUGUCUGCGGAGCUUAAGAAGCAGCAGCGAUGUUCAUGGAGCAGCUUUAUGCAAUUCCCCUUGAAGUGUCAUCUAGACUGUCACAGACAUCCUCCCCUCAGUCAGGCUGCCCGUCACCUUCCAUCCAGACAGGCAAAGUCAUCUCCUCAUCCCAGAAGCACAGCAAGAAGGCACUCAAACAGGCCUUGAAACAGCAGCAGCAAAAGCAACAGCAGCAGCAAUGCAGAGCAGGCAUGCCCGUGUCGUCUAACCAGCAUGUCCUUCUAAAGGCCGUCAAGGCGGGCAGUGACUCCGCACCUGCAAAAUCUGCUUGGGAAGGAAAGCAGUCAGAUGGACAGUCAAGCAGCCCUCAGAACUCCACCUCCAGUUCCUCUCCCUCUGUUAAGCUUGAUAACUCCUUGCCAGGGUUGGGGAAGAAACCAUUCCAGAGAUCUGACAGGCUCCAUGCAAGGCAGCUGAAGAGAACAAAGUGUGCUGAAAUUGAUGUGGAAACUCCCGACUCCAUCCUGGUGAACACAAACCUGCGGGCACUGAUCAACAAGCAUACGUUCUCUGUUCUGCCUACAGAAUGCCAGCAGCGCCUGCUGCUGCUGCUGCCGGAGGUGGACAGGCAGGUUGGGGCGGAUGGUUUGAUGAAGCUGAGUGGCUCUGCGCUCAACAACGAGUUCUUCACUUCAGCUGCCCAAGGCUGGAAGGAGAGGUUGUCAGAAGGUGAGUUUACACCAGAAAUGCAGCUAAGAAUACGGCAAGAAAUAGAAAAGGAAAAGAAGGUCGAGCUGUGGAAGGAACGUUUUUUUGAGAGCUACUAUGGUCAGAGUUCUGGACUAAGUCCUGAAGAGUCCAAGAGACUGACAGCAAACACCAGCCCUGCCGAGACAGAGACUGAAAAUCCAGCAGCUGAACAGCCAAAAUGCACGCCAGCCUCUCUGGCACCACUCAAAGAGGAGAUUACUUCUCCGUUAGAGUCUAAAGCACAAGCAGUCCAGGAAGCACCAGCGAUGAAAAAAGGAGGAGAGGAAAGAAGAGAGGACACGCAGCCAAAACCAGCCAAACCUGCAGAGGCCUCGGUUUCCCCGGAUGGGUGUGCAGUGAAACCUAGCGACCAUUCUCUCCCUGUGAAAGAGAGAGUCCAAGGAGAAUCCAUUCAAGAGAAACCACAAACUGCCGCUAAUCAAAAGCCAGGAGAAGAGAGAAAGCACGCUGCAUCCAAGGAAGCGCUAGCGAAAGAGACUGUCAGUACCUCAGUUUUGGCCCCGAGUAAACCAAAGAGCCCCGAGGCAGGUGAAGUAGUAGCAAAUGUGAAAAGCCCAGUGAUUGCUCCAGAAACACCAGAAAAGAAGUCCCCUGUAAAUGAAGACAUGGAAGUCAGUGUUGAAGCCCGUAAGAGGAAGUCAGAGAGUCGUGAAGAAGCUCUAACCACUCCUGAAAAAAAGCCACGCAUCACGGAGAACUGUCAGCACCACCAGGCAUUUCGGACCCAGCCACAGUCCUUUCCUGCAGCGGGGACCCCGGUGCCACGGGUACCCCCACUCAAGAUUCCUGUUUCCAGAAUCUCCCCAAUGCCAUUUCCUGCGAGCCAGGUCUCUCCCAGGGCACGUUUCCCAAUCUCACUCACCAGUCCGGGAAGAACAGGGGCCAGAACUUUGGCAGACAUCAAGGCAAAAGCGCUGCCGCCUCGACGGGGGGGGCUGUCCCAGGGCCUGGACCGGGCGGUGGAGGGGGCCCACGGGGCGGUGGAGGAGAGAAGAGUAACGCAGCAACAAGCAGAACCAACGAAACUGGAAUUCGAGGAAAUGCACUGGAACUGGCAGGAACUGGAAGCGGGGGAAGUUCGAGAAGGUUUCUUCCCCAUUGUCCAGGGACCCAUACCCAAAUGGAGACCCAGGCCACGGACCAGGCAGCACCUCACAAUCCUUCUGGAGCACAACUACAGCAAACUUCCACACUGCAAUCCAGAACUCCAGCCAGCAGUACAGGCACCAGCUCCUCCUCCUCCGCGGUAUCGGCAUUAG